ACGUCAGUUAUUACAAGUUCACGAUAGGAAGAGCAUAGAUAAUUCACUUGGUACGUAUUUUUCUAUCACAAUUGAAAAAUAUUAAUUUUUUAAGUGUCUUUAUAAACAUACUCUACAUCGAUAAUCAUAAAUACUUAUAGUACAUAAUGAAGAAUCAUGAUGGUUAUCCAAAUAUUUUUCUGUUUUCGGGAAAUGAAAUUUCGUGAUUUUAAUGAGAGUAAAUUUCACUGGUGUAUCGGUUUCUUACAAUUUUACUUUAUUACUAUUAGACAUAUCUCUCGAUUUCAUUGCGUGAUUAUAAGAUGGAAGAGAAAAUGGAAGUUGAAAAUAUACAAGAAAGGGAAGAAUUUCAGAUACAGACUCCAAGAAAGCGAUUUUAUAAAUGUAAGAAAUGUGGACACAAGUCUGCUAUCAUCACCAUGAAUUAUUAUAAAAAGCAGGCAACAGUCACCUGCAUCUUUACACAUUGUGGCGGAAAAUUUUAUUAUUCGAUUAAAGCUGAGGAUAAGUUUGUAGAUGUCUACAAGAAGUAUAUAUCUGAGGUUAUACAUGUAUAUAAAUAUUCAUUUAUAUAAAUCUGAAUUUUAAAAGUUUUGGUGAAAUGAAUUUACCAGAUACUCCUUUGUUAAGUAUUACAUUUAAAGCCAUUUCUCGUGUCAUUUCAUUCAAAAUACAAUAUAUCUUUUAAUUCAAAUUAUAAAAAAUUUUUUUCUCAAAAUGAUUUGUUAUUUUAUUUGUUAUUUCAGCUUUAGAACUAUAACUGAAUGAUACUCAAAUUGUAUAUAGUACAUAAGGACAUGCAAGAAUGGAGAUUGUGUAAUUAUAUAAUAAAACUGUAGUAUAAAACAACUCUGAUAAAAAUAUAUUAUUAAAAUAUUUACUGAAAA